AUGUCCACCAAUGUCGAGUCUGCCAGCAGCAAGACUGGCCAUGCCUCUGAUAUCAUGAACACCAACAAAUCCCAGAGCACCCCGGCCUUUGACGAGAAGUCGGCUGCCCAUGUGAACAAUCAACACUUCGACAGAGAGGCUACACCAGAGCCUAGCCUACAAGAUGCAUACAGGACAGCAUCCACAGUGGCCCCGUCUCAGAGAUCAGCCCGCAGAGAUCCUGUCAGUCGGGUAACCACCGAUGCUGACGGAAACACCUACCCUGAGGGUGGCCUGGAAGCCUGGCUGGUAGUGCUGGGCAGCUUCCUCGGUCUCUUUGGAUCACUCGGACUGGUCAACACUAUCGGUACCUUCCAGGCAUAUAUUCAAACUCACCAACUGAAAGAAUACAGCUCAGGAGCCAAUGGCUGGAUUUUCGGAAUGUUCGCUUUCUUGACCUUCUUCUGUGGUGUUCAAAUUGGACCAAUUUUCGAUGCUCGAGGCCCACGUAUUCUGGUUUUUGCAGGUUCCGUCUUCGAAAUGGCUAUGAUCAUUCUCCUCGGUUUCUGCACCCAGUACUGGCACUUCAUGCUGGUCAUCGGUGUCCUGGGUGGAGUGGGAGCCUCGCUCAUAUUCACCCCCGCGAUCUCAGCCAUCGGCCACUACUUCUAUGAGAAACGGGGAGUCGCAACUGGCAUUGCUGCCACCGGUGGAUCCGUUGGAGGCAUUAUUUUCCCUCUCAUUCUGGAAGACCUCUUCCCCAAAAUUGGCUGGGCCUGGGCCACCCGCGUUGUUGCCUUGAUCUGUCUGGUCACCCUUUCACUUGCAAAUCUCCUGAUUCGGUCCCGACUCCCGCAGAAGCCCUUCUCCAGGGAGAAUGUGCUUCCUGACUUCCGCAUCUUCCGAGACCCACGAUUCGCCCUCACCACUGCCAGCGUCUUCUUCAUUGAAUGGGGUCUCUUCGUGCCAAUCAGCUACCUCUCAUCCUAUGCGCUCGAUCACGGCUUCUCCACCAAGUUCUCGUACCAAAUCAUCGCCAUCCUGAAUGCCGGCUCGUUCUUCGGACGGUGGCUGCCUGGUUUCUUUGCCGAUUUCCUUGGUCGCUUCAACACUUUGAUCGCAACAGUCGCUCUCUGCGUGCUCUGUAAUGCGUGCUUCUGGCUUCCUGCCGGCAACAGCCUGGCCCUGGUUGUUGUUUACGCUGCCAUAUUUGGAUUCUCAAGUGGCAGCAAUAUCAGUCUGACACCCGUCUGUGUUGGUCAACUCUGCAAGACCGAAAACUACGGCCGGUAUUACGCAACUGCCUACACCAUUGUGAGCUUCGGUACCCUCACCGGAAUUCCCAUUGCAGGUGAAAUCCUGGCACGUUGCAAUGGAUCUUACUGGGGCUUGAUUACCUUUACUAUCUGUUGUUACGCGGCCGGUCUGGCUUGCUGUACCGCUGUCAAGGUCAUUCAUGUUGGCUGGCGUCACCCUCUUGCGAUCUAUUAG